CGUUUAGUAGUUUCAAAAUGUACAAAGUUUUCUUUCUCUUAAUUUUGUUAUCGUUUUGCGAUGUGUUUUCCGCUGAUGUGGUGACAAUGUCAUCGACUUCCAUGGAACCUCAUCCCGUAUAUAAACCACAGGACGCAUCAAACGCGUACGUACCGCACAUGACAUACCAAGAUGUGGGAUUACAAAACGACCCUUAUCCCUCGUAUCCGUCAUAUGAAGACUAUACGUCGUAUCCACCAGUAUCCACUGUAGCUGCUAUACAGUUGUUGUUCCAGAGGCCACUUGGAGCGAUUUUGACUUUUUUGUCGAAAGUGGGGUUCUUUCUCAUCGGCGGCGUUGCUCUUUUCGUGGUUGGAGGAAUUUUCGUCACCGCAAUUUGCUCUCUCACUUCACUUUGUACAAUAUCCUUUGCACCCUUCGCAAGCAUGGAUAAGGACACAAUGAUGCGGGCCUUUAUGACACCUGAGAAGCUUGCAACAGCGGCGGCCAUAGUUCAAGACGCCAUUGGAAAAUACCAGCGUUUGCAGAAAACCAAAAAUAAUUAAGUUAAUAAAAAAUGCAAAUAUGUAAAUAUUAAUCUUAAAUAUGUUUUCGUAGUUAUUUCUAUUUUG